GGGCGCCGGCCCCAACAUAACAGUCCAGUUCUGCAUCUUCCAUUGCACUAAGCGAAGCCCGGCGGAGUAUUUUUGUCACCUGGAAGUUGGAAUUCCGUGCAUCUCCCAUUGUUUAAAAUUUCUUUCAUUCGUUGUCAUUUCUCACAGAAUGUCGAAGUUGAAUCUUAUUGGAAACCUGGGCAGAUUGAACGGCUUACUGCGCAGUACUAGAUCGAACCAAAGCUUUCUUCCGCUGUUUCAGAGAGAAGCAACGAGGCAUUUCGCGACUGAUGCAGAGCAGAAAGAUUCGUCUCUCGACCCCUUUCUUCGGCCACCUAGCACAGGUUUGGCCUAUGGAAGGCUGAUUGGUUUUGGAAGAAACACAUUGAAGACUGAUAUUAUCAAUUUCCUGGAAGGGUGUAAUUUGACUCCGCAGGAUGUGAAAGUCGAAUACAACCGUGCUUUUACUUCAGUUGGCAUGAUAUUGCAAUUCCCUUCUCGCAUUGCUUUUGAUUCUGCUAUUAGGUUGAUGAACAGAAAUGGCCGCUUGUACAAGUUGGAGAGGGCAGAUCGUAGUCAAUGGGAUGUUGCAAAAUCAUACGAUGGAAAAGUUGUAUUAAUGCAAGGAGUUCCUCGCAAUGCACUCCCAGAAGACAUUGAGCGUGUCCUCUCUGGUUGUGUUUACAAUUCUUCCAGCAUCCAGACAUUUGUGAGGCCCGCUUUCCCAGAUCCAGUAAGAUUGGCACUUGUGGAAUUUCCUUCACAAGUUGAGGCAAUGAAUGCUGUCCUUGUGAAGAACAGAAGCUUCUGUCUCAAUAAUCAAAUUUUAAUGCGAGUUCUUCAGUAAGCAGACUUCCGUUUUCCUGGGUUAUUGGCAGACAUUGUUCACCAACAUGCAACCCCGGAUACUGGAAUUUUGAUUUUUUUUGGUCCCCAAGCAUGUGACUUUAAAGUUUUUCAAGUAUUGUAGUAUACUCAGAUUAUGAUUUCUGAUUGGCAUUAUCCUAUCUUAUUGACAAACGACAAUUUGUUCAUAUCUGUUUUUAAUAUAUCUAGGCAACUAUAUUGGCAGAUUUGA